UCUAUCAUCCCUCGCUUUACUGUAGGUUCGGAUAUAUCGCGUCCUGGAGUUGGCUCCCCAUUUUUACAGCUUAACUGCACAAGCCUCUCAAUAUUAUUCACCACAUUAGAUUGAUCAUUUGGCGGUUGAAUUUGCUGUAUGGAGCUCAAAACAUGAACAAGAAAAACAAGCAGAGAAAAGUAGCCAAUUACUUUCCCAGCUGUAUCAAUUGACUGCAUUGCUGCCCUUGUUAUAAUAUAGCGGAUUUAUACUGGACCCAGACACCCACGCUAUAGAGUGGGUAGUGUACUAUAAAUAACUACAAAACUGUUUUCCAAAGUUCAUCAGAAGAAUUUGAAACUUAACCUUACAUGGCAACUCACUUUGUAAUUCUUUGAGUGUAUAACCAUUUUAAAUGGUAAAGAUGAAAUAAUAUCUGCAUACACAAUUAAACAGUAGUGAAUUCUGCAGCCUGUUACUGUACAUCAGACUAAAUCCAGGAAUUAAAUACGUACAGAGAAAAUGACCGCUUCUUAUCUGAUGGGAGAGUCAGGUGAGAUUGAGGACUCAGUGGUCAUGUGUGAGUUCCACUGGUAGGACUUAGGCAUAAUCAAUUUGGUCAAAUACAGCAAUGAUGAGCAUCACAACAACUUCAAGGGAAUGCCUGAAUGAUUUGUCUUGGUAAAUUCAGCAAGUAUCUAAAACUUAUAGGAUAGUUUGAUUGGAUUACAACAUUUAUAAAGUGAAUAUUCCACAAUGCGCUCCAUCCACAAUUGUAUGAGCGGUCUGUUUUAACAACUGCCCCUAAAUUGUGUAGCCUGUUGCAGAUACCACUCAAUGCCACAUUUUUUUUCUUUUAUUAAAAAAAAAAAAAAAAAAAAAAACACACACACACAUACACCCUGGAGUACUUGUUUACUACACAAACCCACUAAAGGGCAACAUGACAACUUUAAAACCUUAAAAAGGAAGGGGAACCUGCUCAUAAAGGCUCACAUUUACCUUCCUUCUCACCAGCAGAAUCUUAAUUGCUACAGUGUAGCAGAAAAGCUUAAGAGACCAGGUUCAACGAUCCUUUUUGAAUAGAGGGUUAAAAGCUUGUCUCCCCACCCCCUACCUAUUCAUCAAAUUCUGAUGCCGAUAGCGCACAGCUUAGUCUAUGCACCACCUACAGUGCAGCUGUGUUGUCAGCUCAAGAAAUCCUGCCAGCAUUUGCAUAUCUCGUUUACUGCCAGUGCUCUUCUACUCAACAGUCACACAUAGGUACUGCUGCUUCACCGUGCAGGUCGGAAUCCUUGCACAGCUUGGAAGCACCAGGCAACCCUGCAAUGGAAUUGAAGCUCGGCAGAAUGGAAAGUGAAUUAAACCACAUCAAUCCAGAUUUGCUUCAACCAAGCAAGAACUGCAAGGUGCUCCCUUUAAUGUUUACCCUCAACGUUGGGGGUUACCUGUACAUCACACAGAAGCAGACUUUAUCCAAGUACCCAGGAUCUUUUUUGGAAGAAGUGGCCAGCAGGAAAAGACAGGGUGUGCCCACUGACUCCAAAGGGAAUCCCUUUAUCGACAGAGAUGGUCCCCUCUUCCGACACAUCUUGAACUUUUUGCGAACUGGGGAGCUAAUUCUGCCGGAAGGAUUUCAGGAGUGUGGCUUGCUUGUGAGAGAGGCCGAGUUUUAUGGUUUGGAGAGGCUGGCAGAGGCGAUUAAGGAGCACGAGCGGACAAGGGGGUCUUCUGCAGAGACCACCUUUCUGGAGGUGAUCGACAGUCACGAGCGCUCUCAAGGGCUCAAGGUGUUCUGCAGCGACCCAGAUUUCAUCGAGAGGCUCAAGGGGCGCAUUGUGCAGGUAUCCAAGAGCCGACUGGACGGCUUCCCGGAGGAGUUUGCCAUCUCCUCCAAUGCCGUGCAGUUCCGGCACUUCAUCAAGUCAGAGACAGGCACACGACUGGUACUCAAGGAGGACAACACCUUUGUGUGCACCCUGGAGACACUAAAGUUUGAGACUGUCAUGAUGGCUUUCAGGAGAGGCUUCCGUCUGAUCACAAGCCUGGACAGCAGCAAAGGGUCAAUCGUCCACUGCGAGGGACUUCAUUUCAUUAAGUAACAAAGCAAGAAAAAAAAAAUAAAUACGUGCAGCAGCCCCAUGUCGGGGCUAUAUCGUUUCCCAUAGCUUUCAGAUGGGACUAUCAAUAUUCUCUCUCUCUCUUACCACAAUGGCAUUCGACAGUGGCAUCUGUGAGAAUGGUUCAAGAAUUCUACAUCUUUACUAAGCACAGACAUCCAUUUUAACAGCUUAUUUUCAGGUUUGAAUAACAGCUCAGAAUUAUUCAAAAGCCCCAAUUCGUACAAACGCUAGCAGCAGCAGAUAAUACUUACAGAAACUGCUGCAGCCAAGGCAGGAUUACUAGGCUGAUUAGCUUGCAGCUGCAGCUAAGGACUGCAGGAUGAAGAAAGGUAGUGAAAACUUGUAUAAAACAAACAGAUUAAAAUCGCCACGUUAUGAAAAUAUAAAUUUGUUGUGUUCCGUAUUCUGUAACGUUAUUUGUAUUUGUUGUGUAAUAAAAUGCCUGGCACAAACUGUUGUACUGUUUAUCGCAUGCAUUUGAGUAUGUGCAAAUAUUGUAGCAUACUAGUCAUAUAAUUAGGUGCACACAAA